AAAGGACAAAAACAAUCCACAUGAUUCUUCCGAAAGAUACGGAUCUCACAUGAUCUGACCAAUUCGGCAAGUCACGUCGACUGCCGGAAGAAGCUCGUAACCAAAGUGCUGUCGAUGACCGUCCAGACAUUGCGAUGACGGAGGACCUUCUACCACCUCUUCGGCCACCUCUUCGCCCGUCGGCCUCGAGCUCUUGUUUCAGCAAGGGGGCCAGCAGUGGCGUGAAGGCCGCGCCCAAGGCGAUGGGCCGCCCCAAGGUACGAGGCUUGGAAGCGAUGAUUGAAGGUUCUUGGAGGAGCCCAUAUCCUUUGAUCAGUUUGGAAACAGACUUGAUCAGAAAAGCGCCGUUGCGUCGAUGCCCUUCGUCCUCGUCUGUCCGUUCGCCGUGCCCCCCCCCCCCCCCCCCCGCGCCGCGGGUCUUUGGUCCGAGCGAUGACGGCGGAGAUGGUGCGGAGCCGGGGAUGUGGGCGGUGCGUCGGUCCGAAGGGCGGUCUGACUCUGCCCCUGGCUACGCCUAAGCACCACAACUGGGACCGGCAUAGUCAUAGGGGUGGUUGACCUGGGGGUCAAUGCAAAGGUAAGUAUGCCAGUCCCAUGGACUGUGUGGGAAGGUUCACCCAACACAUAUCCACUGACUGGGUGGGCCCGUGAAAACGGAGAUCUACACCUGCACGGACACCAUGUCCAGGUUUGUGAGAUCUGGUGCUUCAAUAUCUUUUGGAUGAUUCAUCUUGGGAAGUGACAUGAAGUGAUCAGUUGGCUUCUUGGCUUCUUGACUCACUUGCAGAACCAUCAAUACUGUCCAUCGAGCGCUUCACUCGCGGUAAAGGAGAACUCUGUGGUAUUUCAGCAUGACCACGGCACGGACUGUUGUCACUACUUGGUACUGGCUAGCUGAGCUGUGACAAGUGAACACGACACGAUGUGUCCGUCCAUCCCUUCCUUCGUCCAUUGAUCUCAACUGGGUGUGUUCUGUGGUGAACACACCAAGGUGAACGUGGUGAACACACCACCUGUUGGGUGUUUCGUUGGUCGUCUGGGGUGUACAGUCCGCCCCCCUGUUCGGAAGUUGCUGUCGACCGGCCGGCCGGAGGGGCGAAGAUGGAACACG